AUGGGCUCCUUUGCCAGCAACGCCAUGGAGGCAUUUUCUUCGUCUCGCGUCGUGAAGACGGCGCUGGCGCACCCGGCGGCCUUUUUGCUCUGCAGCAUUGUCACGACGGCGGCCCUGAUCUUGUGGAAACGGUCGAUGACAAGACCAGCAUACGGACUGCCUUUACCCCCACAGCCGCCCUCGAAGCCAGUUUUGGGCCAUCUUACGGAUUUGAUUAGGGAGAACAAGGCGCGGAGGUGGCACUUGAAACUGAAUGCGUGGGCGAGGGAGUAUGGCCCAAUAUUUGGGGUUCGAACGGGGUAUAUUGUUGAUUAUUAUGUCAACUCGGACGUCAUGGUCAAAGAGCUUUUUGAUAAGAAGUCUGCUCUGACGGCGGAUAGGCCUGUCUGGAUCAUGUCGAGUGAUAUAUUGAAUAAUGGGUUCAAUACUUUGUUCCUUCAUGCAAGCGAUCCGAUAUGGAAGAACCAAAGAAAGGUGAUCCAGCAGCUGCUCACGAAUACGCAGCAGGCGGAGAAGAUUAUACCACUUCUGGAAUACGAGACAAUGAGAUUCCUCCACGAAAACGUCAUCGAACCAUCUGGCGGGUUUUCGAGGAGUCGGCUCUUGAGGUCCAUUGAGCGGUACACGUACAGCGCAUUCGCCAUGGCUAUCAUGGGCAUGGAUAUACCCGAUACGGAUGACGCGGUGAUUGAUUUCCUGCAAGAGACGGAAUACCAAAUCAUUAUGCCAGCAGACACAUUUCCCGGCUCCAACAUCAUCGACCUGAUUCCUGCUCUGGGGAAGUUGCCUCUUUUCCUCAAACCCUGGGAACGAAGCGGACGUGCGAGGUAUAGACGGGAUCUCGCAUGGGCGAUGAAGCGAUUAGAGACUGUUGAGCAAAGCAUGGAAAAGGGAGAUUCGUCUUUUGAAGGCACAUUCUUGGGUUCCGCUUUGGCCGACCAGAACUUGAAGGGCUUGUCUUGCAAGGAGGAGCUGGCGAUUUUGAGCUUCGCGUUGAUCAUCGCUUCUGCGGAUACUAGCCGAAUGACGACGUGGUCCUUUGUCGAGGCCAUGAUGCAGUUCCCCGAUGCUCAGGCCCGGGCACAAGCGGAUAUUGACAAGGUCGUCGGUGAUAGACCGCCAGUGUACGAAGAUUACGCGCAGAUUCCGUACGUUCGUAUGCUUCUCAAGGAGGUGUGGCGGUGGAGGCCGCCGGUGGCGCUGGGACAUCCUCACAUCACGUCGCGGGAGACGGAGGUUGGGGGGUACAGGUUGCCCAAGGGCGCGCGGAUUCAUCUCAACGCAUAUGCUAUCAGUCGGGACCCUUCGCGACACGAAGAUCCUGAUCGGUUUUGGCCGGAACGAUUCAAGAAUGACGAAACUUCUACAAUGGAGAGCAUUAACGCGCAGGAUCCGACCAAGAGAGAUCACUUUGCCUUUGGAGCUGGCCGUCGCGUUUGUCCCGGCUAUCACGUCGCGGAACGGUCCGCGAUCGUGACGAUGAUGCGCAUUCUCUGGGCGUUUGAGAUUUCCCCGGCCGACGGGGCAAAGACGCCGCUCGCGUUUACCGAGUACGCCGCCGCGUUACCUGGGAAUCCGGGCGAGCGUAUGCCCGUCCGGUUCCGGUGUAGGAGCGAGAGCCGGAAGGCUGUGAUUCUACGGGCUUUUGAGGAGGCGGAGGCUGGGCGGGGGAAGCAGGUUAUGGCUCUUAAUUUGGGCGAGGGGUCGGUUCCUGAGAUUUCUUCUUUUCUGUGA